GUUGGGAAAGGCGAAGGGCAAACGCCGAGAAGCACAUUCCCCGGCACUGCAUUGCAUUACCCCGAGCCCAAUGCUCCCCGCGAGGCGAUGGGGCGAUGGCGGAGUACAGGACGUCGUGAGGUUUGUGACACCUCACACAUUCCCAUGCACAUCCACCCUGCCGCCCGCUCGCACACUUUAUGUAACACUAGUCUAGUCUCCUCUUCUGCUUCUCCUGAACCUCCUCACCUUCUCUCUGGGCACCUUGUGUGCAUCCUGUUGUGCCCUUCACUUGACUGCACAAUGUGCAACUCUCUCCCCAAGUCCCAUGAUAUUACAUCACUUGCUGUUUCUUGCGUUUUGGCUUUCCCAUAUCGCUCUUUCUUUUCCUUCCUACAGUGACGAGUGAUUCGCUCUCAUUCCCGUCUGCAGAGGGCUAGUAGUUAAUUGGUUGGCGGCACUGUAGGUUUGGAUGGGAAUCCACCCGUCUUUUCUUGUCUUUCUUUCUUUCUCUCUUUCAGUCACUCAUCUUUGAUGCCUCGCUUGACUUGUUUCCUGUCUGAUCUCGACCUCUGCCGUCCCUUGUACUACUCCCUUCCUCAUACCACCUUAUCACCAGCUACCAGCAGGGGAGGUCGUGCGUCUCUGAGUCCUGUGCGCUUUCCAGGGAAGAAGAGAGCGUGGGAGAGAUCGAACGGAUAGCGGGAGGAUGGAGGUGGUGAAGAGGAGGAAGGCUACGUGGCUCUAUCCAAAGCUCGCCGGGUAUAGCCCUCCUGAGAGAUGGGGGCACUCUGCUUGCUUCUUUGAUGGAGUUGUUUACGUCUUCGGAGGAUGCUGUGGAGGAAUGCACUUCAGCGAUGUCCUUGCUCUGAAUCUGGAAACCAUGUCCUGGAGUUCCAUUGCUACCACAGGCCAGAAGCCUGGAAGUCGAGACAGUCACAGUGUUGCGCUUGUAGGGCACAAGAUGGUUGUGUUAGGGGGUACCAAUGGGACGAAGAAGGUCAAUGAUCUGCACAUGCUAGAUCUGAAGACCAAAGAGUGGAGUAAACCGACUUGCCUUGGUGCUCCGCCAUCGCCUCGCGAAAGCCACACGGCCACUGUCAUCGGAGAUGAGAAACUUCUGAUAUUCGGUGGCAGUGGUGAAGGAGAAGCAAAUUACUUGAAUGAUGUUUUCCUACUUGAUCUAAAGAACAUGACAUGGUCUUCUCCAGCAAUCAAAGGAGAACCGCCCGCACCAAGGGAUAGCCACACUGCAACUUCCAUCGGAAAUAAGAUUGUUGUAUAUGGAGGUGAUUGCGGCGAUCACUUUCACGGUGAAGUCGAUGUGCUUGACAUAGAUACGAUGACUUGGUCGAGGUUGGAAGUUAAAGGAUCAACUCCGGGAGUCAGAGCUGGUCAUGCUGCUGUGAGCAUAGGGACCAAGGCAUACAUCAUUGGUGGAGUCGGCGAUAAACAAUAUUAUAGCGAUGUUUGGGUUCUCGAUACGAUAUCUAGCUCUUGGGCUCAGCUUGACAUCCUUGGUGAUCAGCAACCACAAGGAAGAUUUUCUCAUUCUGCUGUAGACAUCAAUGCUGAUAUUGCGAUAUUCGGAGGUUGCGGGGAGGACGAACGGCCGUUGAAUGAGCUGAUCAUUUUGCAAUCUGGAUCUGAACAUUCAAAUGGCCGUUAUAAUGUUUCUAUGUGCAAAAUCUUUGGCAAUCAUUGGAUUCAAGAAAAGCGCAAGUUCUUAAGAACCAAUCUUGUGCAAAGCAAUCUGGUUUCGAAGAACGGGCUAUCGAGUCGUGGAUCAACUGAAGUAGAGCCAAGAAAUCCACUAGUCUGUGGCUUGGAGAAUAUGGAUGCCAAAAGGAGGAAAUCUACUGAUGCCAAAGUACUUGAGGUCGAACUAGAGCAAGAAGAGCAUUCUCUGUCUCUCUCACAACAUUCUUCUCCGUCGCAAUCUGAUCAAGAACAGAACAUCCAGAAACUACCAACUGCUGCCACCGAUUCCUUGCCCCCUCGAUUGGUCACUCACCUGAACCCAUACAAUCCAACAGAGACUGUAAAGAUCAUUCACACACGAUACUUGGCCGGCGACGAGGCUCUGAGGCAGCCAGUGACAAAACAGUUCCUCCGAACAUCUCUGCCUCUGCCAAGGCAAGAGGCUUCAAUGCUAGGAGCACAACAAAAAUAUCAACUAAGGCCCUUUUUUGCCCCCCUGAGCCUACAGAUCGGGGCUGAAGUUCGGGGAACUGUCGACGGAGCUUUCGAUUCUGGGUACCUCAUGACUGCAAAUGUCAACGGCCAGCUUUUCAGAGGAGUAUUGUUUGCUCCGGUUCCAGUUGUUGCUGCCCCAAGACCUGCAAUAAACUCACAGGGAAUGGCUUGCUCCGCCACUGUGUUCCAGCAUCCUUCAACUCCACAUGUCGUUCCCAUCCACGCGAGGCCGCCAAGACAAGCAUCUGCUUGCGGCUUGUCGGAUUGUGGUGUUGCGGCGAAGCAAGCUCAGCAAGUGAAGGUGGCUAGAACUCAGCCAGUGAAGAUGGCAAAUGAUUUGCAAGAUGUAGUCCUCACGUUGGGAGGACCAGGCAACGGUGUCUCAUGAAGGCCAAUCAAUGAUGUAGUAGUAGUAGUAGGACGUGUGUUCUAUUUCUCCUUCUUUGCCUCUGCCUUUCCGUUCUUGCUUUUACUUGCAUGUAAAUUUUAGAAAUAAGAGUUGCCUGUAAGUUCUGAUACGAUCCAAAGAGGACAUACGUUGGGUUCUGUGGAUUGUUAAGAAAAUUCUAUAAAUUUUGAUUCCAGA